GUAACCCACUUCCUAUUUUCCUAGAGAGAAUGUGAAUAUGGAUGAAUGAUGGUGGCUUAUAUUGAGAAAUAAAAUUUUGAUUUGGGAUUAUGACAGCUCAACGCUUGAUUCUUGGGCCGACUCUCUAAUCUUUCUAUAUAAAUGCUCGUCCCAUACUUGUUUUGCACCUCUCUAUCUUCUUCUUCCUCUUGACAAUACUUUGUUCUGUCUUUAUUCUUGUUUCUGUUUUGAUCAUUGAAGAUUUAAAAGCUCACUCAAAAUGCCUGCUGCUGGAGGGUUUGACAAGGGUUCAGGGAAAGCCUACCCUGGUAACCUUACCCCAUUCGUUACUGUAACAUGUAUGGUGGCUGCCAUGGGGGGUCUCAUCUUUGGUUACGAUAUUGGGAUUUCUGGUGGUGUGACUUCAAUGGCGCCAUUCUUGAAGAAGUUCUUUCAUUCUGUGUAUAAUAAACAGCAAGCUAACACGUCAACUAAUCAGUACUGCCAAUACGACAGCGAGACGCUCACUCUCUUCACGUCUUCGUUGUAUUUGGCCGCUCUACUAUCUUCUCUUGUUGCUUCCACCGUAACAAGACGAUUUGGCCGGAAAUUGUCUAUGUUAUUCGGCGGCGUGCUGUUUCUUACCGGUGGUUUGAUCAAUGGUUUCGCCAAUGCCGUGUGGAUGCUCAUUCUCGGUAGAAUCUUGCUCGGUUUCGGUAUCGGUUUCGCCAAUCAGUCUGUGCCACUCUACCUUUCUGAGAUGGCUCCAUACAAAUACAGAGGCGCCCUCAACAUCGGAUUUCAGUUGUCAAUCACAAUUGGAAUUCUUGUUGCCAAUGUUUUGAACUAUUUCUUUGCCAAGAUAAAGGGUGGCUGGGGAUGGCGUUUGAGUUUGGGAGGCGCCAUUGUUCCUGCUCUUAUCAUCACAGUCGGUUCAUUGAUCCUCCCUGACACCCCCAAUUCUAUGAUCGAACGCGGUGAGCAUGAUGAAGCUCGAAGGAAACUCAAAAGAGUUCGUGGUGUUGAUGAUGUCGAUGAAGAAUUCAACGACCUUAUUGCAGCAAGUGAAGCAUCUAAACUAGUUGAACAUCCAUGGAGAAAUUUGUUGCAGAGGAAAUAUAGGCCUCAUCUCACAAUUUCCAUUUUAAUCCCCUUCUUCCAACAACUCACUGGCAUCAAUGUGAUCAUGUUUUAUGCUCCUGUCUUGUUCAACACAAUUGGGUUCGGUAGUGAUGCUUCACUUAUGUCUGCUGUGAUCACUGGUAUUGUUAAUGUUGCUGCCACCAUUGUUUCAAUUCGAUAUGUCGACAAGCUUGGGAGAAGAUUUCUCUUCCUGGAAGGCGGAAUUCAAAUGUUCAUCUGCCAGGUUGCUGUUGCAGCUUUUAUUGGUGCUAAAUUUGGAACUGAUGGGAAUCCUGGAGAUUUACCAAAGUGGUACGCCAUUGUUGUGGUGCUUUUCAUUUGCAUUUAUGUUUCAGGAUUUGCCUGGUCUUGGGGGCCUCUUGGGUGGCUUGUGCCUAGUGAAAUUUUCCCACUUGAAAUUCGCUCAGCUGCUCAGAGUAUCAAUGUUUCAGUGAACAUGUUUUUCACAUUUGUUGUUGCUCAAGUGUUCUUGAAUAUGCUCUGCCACUUUAAGUUCGGACUUUUCCUCUUCUUCGGCUUCUUCGUGGUCGUGAUGACCGCCUUUAUUUUCUUCUUCGUGCCGGAAACAAAGGGAAUCCCUAUCGAAGAGAUGGGGCAAGUAUGGAAGACUCACUGGUAUUGGUCCCGUUUUGUCGGUCCAGAUGAUUUUGUCUCUGCUGGAAACCUGGAAAUGGGCAAGGGAAACAUUGCUAUUUCGUGAAGAAUGUUUAAUAGACUUAAUUAUAAACAGCUUCUUUUUUUCAUAUAUAUAAUUUUAAUUAAUAUUGGGUAGCUGUAUUACCUUAUGUGGGAUUUUAUGUUCAGACUUUUAAACAUUGUUUCCUGAAAAUUUUAUAACAUUAUGAGUAAUUCUACUUUGAUUAGUAAAA